CUUAUUUAAUUGGUUUUAUUAUUUUUAUUAUUAUCACCAUUUAACUAAUUAAUAGCAGAGUCCAGAUCUUCUGAUUCCCAGUCCACCACAGUGUGCUCUUUCCUGCCAAGUUGUAGAUUUUAGUUAUUAAAAAAAAAAAAGUCCUGCUUUCCUGCCUCACCUGUCCCACAGUUUCCUUACCCGCUCUUUUAGGGCUUGUUCUGAAAACUGCUGCAGAAAAAUCACUAAGUAGAAGUAAAGUAUGAAAUGAAAAUGAAAAAGAGGAAAUAGUGUCACAAAAAAAACUACGGCCAUGUGGGCUGUGCCCAAGCCAGGUUGGGUGCACCACAACAAAAGGAGAAAGCGCAAGAAUAACUUCCACGAAAACAAGUCCUCCCAGGUGAUGAGACCGUGGGUGCUUCUUAUGAUUUGCACUUUCCCGAGGUUUUUUAAAAUGAAAGAAAAGAAAGGAGGGCGGUAAAGAGGAAAGCCCGUCGCGAACACGGAAAACUAACAGCAAGGGCGCAAAAGCGCCCGCCUGCACCGAGUUCGCUGCCUGCCGGGGCCACGUGACAAGACCAAGAUGGCCGACGGGGAAGAUCAGUGCCGGGCGGGGCAGGAGCCGGGGCCGGAGCCGGGAGAAGAGUUUGAGAUCGUGGACCGGAGCCAGCUGCCGGGCCCAGGCGAACUGCGGAGGGCGGCGAAGCCGCGUGCGGCGGCGGAAGGCUGGUCAGCGCCCAUCCUCACCCUGGCGCGGAGGGCCACUGGCAACCUGUCGGCGAGCUGCGGCACCGCGCUACGCGCGGCCGCUGGGCUGGGCGGCGCGGACGGCGGCGCGAACGGCGCGGCGCGCGCAGCUUCCAAGUGCCAGAUGAUGGAGGAGCGUGUCAACCUGAUGCACAUGAUGAAACUCAGCAUCAAGGUCCUGCUCCAGUCCGCCCUGAGCCUGGGCCGCAGCCUGGAUGCAGACCAUGCCCCCUUGCAGCAGUUCUUUGUAGUGAUGGAGCACUGCCUCAAACAUGGGCUGAAAGUUAAGAAGAGUUUUAUUGGCCAAAAUAAAUCUUUCUUUGGUCCUUUGGAGCUGGUGGAGAAACUUUGUCCAGAAGCAUCAGAUAUAGCCACUAGUGUCAGAAAUCUGCCAGAAUUAAAGACAGCUGUGGGAAGGGGCAGAGCUUGGCUUUAUCUUGCACUCAUGCAGAAGAAACUGGCAGAUUAUCUGAAAGUGCUUAUAGACAAUAAACAUCUCUUAAGUGAGUUCUAUGAGCCUGAGGCAUUAAUGAUGGAGGAAGAAGGGAUGGUGAUUGUUGGUCUGCUGGUGGGACUCAAUGUGCUUGAUGCCAACCUCUGUUUAAAAGGAGAAGACUUGGAUUCUCAGGUUGGAGUGAUCGAUUUUUCUCUCUACAUUAAGGAUGUGCAGGAUCUUGAUGUUGGCAAAGAGCAUGAAAGAAUUACUGAUGUCCUUGAUCAAAAAAAUUAUGUGGAAGAACUUAACCGGCACUUAAGCUGCACGGUUGGAGAUCUUCAAACCAAGAUAGAAGGGUUGGAAAAGACUAAUUCAAAGCUUCAAGAAGAGCUUUCAGCUGCAACAGACCGAAUUUGUUCACUUCAAGAAGAACAGCAACAAUUAAGAGAACAAAAUGAAUUAAUUCGUGAGAAAAGCGAAAAAAGCGUAGAGAUAACAAAACAGGAUACAAAAGUUGAGCUGGAGACUUACAAGCAGACUCGGCAAGGUCUGGAUGAAAUGUACAAUGAUGUGUGGAAGCAGCUGAAGGAGGAGAAGAAAGCCCGUUUGGAACUAGAAAAAGAACUGGAGCUACAAAUUGGAAUGAAAACCGAAAUGGAAAUCGCAAUGAAGUUACUAGAAAAGGACACCCACGAGAAGCAGGAUACUCUAGUUGCCCUGCGCCAGCAGCUGGAGGAAGUCAAAGCAAUUAACUUACAGAUGUUUCACAAAGUUCAGAAUGCGGAGAGCAGUUUACAACAGAAGAAUGAAGCCAUCACAUCUUUUGAAGAAAAAACCAAUCAAGUUAUGUCCAGCAUGAAACAAAUGGAAGAAAGGUUACAGCACUCAGAGAGGGCGAGGCAGGGGGCCGAGGAGCGGAGCCACAAGCUGCAGCAGGAGCUCGGCGGGAGGAGCAGCGCUCUGCAGCACCAGCUCUCCCAGCUGCACGAGCAGUGCGCAAGUCUAGAGAAAGAGUUGAAAUCAGAAAAAGAGCAAAGACAGGCUCUUCAGCGAGAAUUACAGCAUGAGAAAGACACUUCCUCUCUACUCCGAGCAGAGCUACAGCAAGUAGAAGGAUUAAAAAAGGAGCUGCGGGAGCUCCAGGAUGAGAAGACAGAGUUACAGAAGGUUUGUGACGAGCAGGAACAAGCCCUCCAGGAAAUGGGUCUGCACCUCAGCCAGUCAAAGUUGAAGAUGGAAGACAUCAAAGAAGUAAAUAAGGCACUGAAGAUAAGAAAAUGCUGCUCAGAGCCAUGUAACUUAGCUGAGAUGAUGAUGCUGCAAGUGGCAGGGCCCAAGCUGGAACCGAGGUCCUCUGGUUCUGGUUUCUCUGCUGUCAGCUGUAGUUUGACAUUAGGCCUAGAUCAUAGGUGCCCUAACGAAGGAAAUGAAAAGUGGCAGAAAGAGAUCCAGGGCCAUACUUGGCUGAAAGACGAUGAAGCCACACACUGUAAGCAGUGUGAAAAGGAGUUUUCCAUUUCCCGGAGAAAGCACCACUGCCGAAACUGUGGCCACAUCUUCUGCAACACGUGCUCCAGUAAUGAGCUGGCCCUGCCCUCCUACCCCAAGCCAGUACGUGUGUGCGACAGCUGCCACACCCUGCUCCUUCAGCGUUGCUCCUCCUCCACCGGCUCCUAAGGCAUGUUUUUCAACAAAGAUGUUCCUUGUGAAAAACUAGAGGACCAGGGGAAGGAACCCUCCUUGUGUCCAAUUGCCCAGACAUGGAGUGACUCAGUAAAGAUCUCAGGGGCAGCAGCUGAAUACCAGUGCUCAACAGUGCCUCCCCAGAAAAUUAUCAAGUACAACACUCCUGUAUCCCCAACCCAACUGAAGGGCCAAUUUGACUUCAUCUUCUGAUUCAAGUUCAACAAAAGCCUCGCCACUCGGUCUGCCUUCUCUGGUGUAGAUGAAACGAAUACCUUGAGCCCCAUUUUGAAUUUUGCAGUCUGGAAAGAAAACAACCGUUAAUACAGAAUUUAAAACUAAAAACCACCUCUGGGUGAUGAAAUGCCUAUACACAACCCCACUACAAAGCAGAGCAUUUGCAAAACCUAAAAUGAGCAAGGUAUUACUAAUUCCUAGGGUGUCGCUUUCAGUAAUUAAACAGUUUUCCUCUCAUGACCAAACUUUCUUAUUCCCUAUAUUCCCAAUCCAUCAAGAAAAUCCAAUAUUCAAAGCACUUUCUUAAUGAAGUUAUCUCCAAGUCCUCACUACUCAAGUGUCCAUUAAACAUCCUUUUUAUAACUCCUCAGUAAACUUUUAAGUCUGGACCUUGUGAUUUUAUGGCAUUUUCUGAAUAAACGUGAUUUGGAGUUUUGAUUUGGGGUAUUUGACAGUUUUACCUUACUAGCAGCAACAUUACAAUGUCUUGCUCGAAUCCAAAUUGCAGGGCCAAUACUCACCUGAAAGGGGAUCAAUGUUACCAAGCUAAAAUGCUCCAAGUUGCACAGCUGAAGCCAAACCCAGUCUUGCCCACUGCAAGGUGGCUUCCAGUGUACUUGGUUCUUGUUUUACAGGUCGUUUUCCGUUACACACGC